AUGAAUGGAAACAAAAAUAUUAAUUGGACACCCCCUGAGAAAUCCCGGUUGAAAAUAAACAUAGAUGCAACAUGGAUAUCAGCUAAUUUGCCAGCAGGUAUCUCUUUAAUUCUUAGAAAUGAUGCAGGAAUACUUGAACAAGGAAGAGCUGGAGCUCUCACAGCCACUACCCCUGAAGAAGAGGAAGCAUUAGGACUGUUGCAGGGAGCAAAAUGGGCAGUGGAAAUUGGUCUGUCAAACUUUUAUCUAGAAGGAGAUUGCAAGAACCUUUUUGAUUACCUUAAUGGAAAGGAAUCCUUGUUAGAAUGGCAAAACAUUCCUAUUUUAGAUGAAGUUGUCAAUGAAUUAAAGUCCUGCAAUAUUUGGGUUUCAUUUGUACCUCGAUCAGCUAAUACUGUAGCUGACUUAAUGGCCAAAGAGGCCAAACACUUUAGCUCUUUCCUUAACGGGAGAAAGCAAAUUCCAAAUUGUAUUGAGGGAGCUUUGGAAAUAGAUAAAUCAAAUGUUAUGGUUGAUUCUAUCUGUCCAGCAUUGGAUGACUCUACUCAUUUAGAUGUAAGGGUUUCUAACUCCCAAAGUUAG